AGAACGGUGGUACUCAGCUGUAUUCCAAAAGGUUGUAGCCUCAGAAAUGUCUUGUCACAAGUUUGUGGAGGACCAUUGGAAAGGUUGGCCUUUCACGAUUCAGAACUGCCCAGCUUGGAGCUCGUGUUCAUUUUUCCAGAGGAUGCCUAUAAAUUCUACUCCUAUUGCAAUAACACAGGCCAUUUCGUGAUAAACGGAGUAAAGGUCAAGACAGAUUGGGCUUUAGGUUCUACCACAGACGCAAAAUGUCACCAACCCGCAAUAUCCAAAGGGUUGAUGAACGAAAUAACCCAGCUUGGCUCUAGAAGAAUUCUAAUCUUUGCACAAACUGUACCUAGAAAAGUCCUCGUCAGCAACAAAAAGCUCUUUUACCCCGAUCCAGAACUACACUUUUCCACUUGUCUUGAUAUCAAGCAGAUCAAGAAGGAAUUUUCACACUAUGGUGAGGUUGUUUAUCUGGGUCCGAUUAUAUCCAGAAAAUUGAGCUUUUCAGUCCAUUUUUCCGAUAUAAGAUCGGCAAUCAUGGCCAAGAGAGACUGUGAAAGAGAAGGAACACUCAUGAACUCGAAGUAUGGUCAGUGGUCUAUUUGGUUCGCUAGGGAUGUGACUGAUAAGCCAUGUAUA